AUGCCCCUUAUUUUGACGUUCCUUGUACUAUGGACAUCGUCUAUUGCUUUUCAACCAAUAACUGUUCCAAACCGAGCUUUAGUCGGACAUGUCUACCGCUCUUUAUACGACAUAGACUGGAUCAACUGCAUCCAGUCUUGCCAAGAUGAUCCAAAUUGCUCUUCAUAUAAUUUUGUUCGCUUAUUAAACGGCCUGGGCCAGUGUCAAAUGAUCGACUGUGGUUUGGAAGAUUUCUGCAACACUGAAGGCCUUGUGUUUUCUACUGGAUCAAUAUUCCAACAGAUAGUGCCAACAGGGGUGAGAAAGAUUAUUUUAUUGUUAUAUAGUAAUUUAUUUCCCGCAACGCCGAUAUGGCAAAGCUAUUUUGGAUAGCAUUAACGAUCCCAAGGUCUGAAAUUUGCUUUCCGUCCUCAAAACAUAUGAUGCAAUCUUUAAAAUUAAGAAUAUAAAUGUUCCAGCUGUAAUUAAAGUUUUGAUUUCGUUGUUUGUCAAUAUGCUACUUAAUUUUGCUGCGUCAUUAAAAAUGUUUCGGUUGACAGGGUCGGAUCGAGAAAAUUCAGAAAGGGAAAGUCAGGACACGGCUUAACAGCUCUAUUCUAGAUAUUUUUUAUUUUUUUGAGACGGAAUUCUAUAAAAAUAGUACAAAAUUUCAAAGGAAAAGGGUUUGUCGCGGCCCCCUCGGCCCUCACCUAAAUCCGCUCAUGGCUGACAACAAUCCUGAUUUAAAGUUAGCAUGGCCAGGUUAUUAUCAGUAAGAUGCCUAGUAAAGUAAUUGUAAAGUCGACACCUGGCGGGGAUUUAAUUUCAAGGGUGUAAACUUAUGAUUUUUUGAAAUUCCGAAUUCUUUCAGGGAACAGAAAUUUGCGAGUCUUCGGUGCACGAUCAUGAGUCACACGCAGGUAAGUAGUGACCAGCCGCUACAAAGGCCUUUCGCUGAUCCUCUACCGCAAAAGCCCUGGGGACGAGGAUGGACAUUCAUUAUUCACUUUAAAACUUUGUUUUCAAGCUUUACCCUGACGAGUAAAGAAUAGUACUAAAAAUGCCAACAAACAACGUCUUGCAAUAAAAUGACAUUUUUUUUCUUCCAUGUCAGAUUUCAGCUUGCUAUUUCCCUCACCACAGUCAGUUAAAAACUACGUUGAAGGUCGUCGAAUAAACCAGGAAUUCACCAAACUAAGCGUGUGCUUCUGGGUAAAGGCCACAUUAAACCAUAUAUCAGUGUUCAGUUACAGAGGAACCAGAGGAAAAACGGAAAUGUUGCUGGAAAUCUAUGACACCAACUACCUAAAGCUUACUGUGGGCGAACAAUCCAAGUAAGAAGACUGCUUAGGCACAAUUUGCAGAGGUUUUAUUAAACAACAAAACCGAAAACAAGACUGACUGAGCCAAGCCAUGAGAAUAUAUUUUCUCAUUGGUAAAUCGUUAUUAAGGUCUUUGAUGUAAAGGACUUACAAAGAAAAAGAAAGGUUAUUACAUGAUCCAUUAGCCCAAGCAAAAGAACAGAGGUGGGUACCGACCAUUCCAAAAGAAAAGAGUUUACCAUUUUUACAGACAACAUGUUUUAACUGCUAUACAUGCACAGGUGUAUUUUCCGACGAACAAUUCUGGCCCUGUUUUGUGAGACCCGACAAUGAGAAACCAUUGAGAGCCUAUGUUGCGUCUGUUAUAGACAACUCGCUUUUAUCAGGGAGGGACCAACGUUCAUACUAUUUCCUACCCAUUGCGCAAAAUCCAUUUCCCUAUUAAGGAGAUUUGUGUUGCCCUUACAGCUAGACACUAAUAUUCACACGAUACUACGCAGAAAUGAUGAUGAUGAUGAUCGUUAUUGCUAUUAUCGAUAUUAUUAUUGUUGCUGUUCACUUUUUGUUUUUGUGGGGCCCUAGACCUUUUGAUCUAUAAAAAUUAAUAGAUCCGAUUUACUGUGCAUUUUGCAUGGUUUUGUCCAUGUUUUUUAGGUUGGUUUUGCCCAUCCUAUACAUUUUCUUUGCGAGACAUCAACGCAACACUUGUUAGCCUGUUCCAGGCGUUCGGAUAGUGGAGUGCGGCGCGAAAGGAAGAGAGCGAGAAAAAAAAUAAGGUGGAAAAGAGGUUGUUUUUUUUUCUCUGCUCACAUUUCUUUGCGCCGUCCCCACCAUCUGAACGCCUGGAAGAGGCCACUGAACACUUGUACUCUUGCCCUCCGGAGACACGUGAUAUGGGCAGCGUGAUUUGGUGGGUGUUAGUGUUCAAUGUUAGGGCUUAAAACAGAGUGAGCGGAUGUUGAACCGCGACAUUGUUAACUCAGUCGGUAGAACGUGUAAAACUGCACAGGGGCACCCAACGGCAAUUUUCGGGAAAAGAUCUGUUCGGAAGACGAUUUGAGAUCUAGAAUUUUCGAGGCAUUUGUUGUAAAAUUUCUUACUUGCCUGCCUCUCAUAGGAUUUUCGAACGUCUACAAAAUAGUAUAAUUACUCAUUUUUAACGGAUUUUGACCCUAAAAAAGGCCACCUAGAAUUUUCGGGAGCCUUUUCCUGGCUGAAAUUUUCGAGAAGGUAAGUUUUUAUCCCUAUAAUUUUCGAAUCACUAGAUUUUCAGCUAGGAAAUCCGAACAGAUGAAAAGUUUUUAGGGGAUAAAAAUAUGCCUAUAUCUACCGUUUGAAUACUAAAAUACGUUCAACAAUGCUAUGUUAAGUGGUUUUGAACUAUAUCCUCGUUGGGUGCCCCUGACUGCAGAGCGGUAGGUCGCAGGUUCGAUUCCCGGGGCCGGACCAAUACUCAGGGUCUUACAAUAACUGAGAAAUGAAGGUAUUUCCUUUGCACUGCAACAGGCUAGACCUUCGCGUGGCUCGGAUGACCACGUAAAAUGGCGGUCCCGUCUCCAGUUGGAGACGUAAAAUAUGGUGUCCCCAAUUAGUGCAACACAUUGACACUCAAACAAAGUGCAUUUUUAUUUUUUAUUAUUAUCAUUUGAUUUCUCAGCAGAGAUUUUCUGUGCUGUCUGUUGUUACGCCAUCCUGACGAGUCACAAUAACGGCGAAACAGCUGUUGGCGGCUACCACCCCACUCUGUUUUGGGUUCUAUGCUGAUGUCUUGAAAACUUAAUUCUCACGUAGUACGAUCAGCAUUGCAGAAUUCAAUAUAUUGUGUCUACUCGGUAUAUUUUGCUGAUCAGAUCUUCUUUAGAAAUUCCGUUCUGCGGCAUAUUCGUUUGCGGUCCUUUGCAGUUAAUGUUCACAAUUAUUGCUAUUAUGUACCAUUGUUAGAAACAUGUUUACAGAUAAACCUUAAAUGAAAGAUUUGGGCUGAGACCUUGAGUUGUUGUAGUGCACGUCUGCCGAUGUCAACAAAAACUCAGAAUAUUUCCUUGAAAGGCUGUCUAUACAAGCCCUGAUUAUUAAUACUAUUAUUAAUAUCUCUUUCCAAAGAAAAUCCUUCCAGUGUUCAUUUUUCAAAUUUAUUCUUCCCUUCGAUACGACCUAACUUAAUUUCUUUAUUUACAUCACAUCCAACAGAAAUAUUAUUGUAAAUUCAGUCAACGAUGGCCACUGGCACCACAUUUGUGUAGCUUGGGAAAACGCUGAAGGACAAUGGGCGAUCUUCAAGGAUGGGUCAGUGGUAGUGGAUAAUGAAAUAGGUUUUCAGGUUGGUUAUAAUAUUCGUCCGGGAGGAAAGUUGUUCAUUGGCCAAGAACAAACACGAGAAAAGAACUUCGAUUCAAAACGAUCAUUUGUUGGUGAACUGGCGGAUUUCAACUUCUGGCCAGAGUAUGUGACGGACAUAGAAGUCCUUAGCAUGUCUAAAUCUUGUAUAAAUAGAAAAGGAGAUGUAUAUAAGUGGUCUAAACUUAGGCAUAGGAUUAAAGGAAAAGUAGUAGUCAUUAGGCCUUCUUCGUGCAGGCCCUGA